ACGCAAUGGUGACUUUUUCACCUUCAUAGCCGACGACAUAACCUCACGUGGUAAACAUACCCUUGCCAACAAGUGUACAUAUUCUGUCUUGCUGCUUAGGAAGAAAUUUAUUCUGGGAAAGUGGGAAAACAGGCGACACCAUGGUCCCUGGAUCUUUAGAAGAACAUGAAGCUGAUAUUAUAUUUGUCGUUGAGGGAACUGCAAUCAAUGGAGCCUACCUAAAUGAUCUAAAAGCAAAUUAUAUUGUACCUACAUUACAGUACUUCAGUCAUACCAAACAAGAUGACUGGGAUAAUAUUGAGAGUCAGAGUGUCAUAUAUGGUCUUGUCAUUUAUCAUGCAGCGGAUUGUUUACCUAGUCCAAGUAGCGAUAGUUAUGGUCCAUUCUACAAUCCUAACAAAUUUCUUGCUUCCCUUGAUAGUGUUGAAAUGGUGGGAGGGAAAGGUGAAGCAUAUGCCAAUGUUGCUGAAGGACUGGCCACUGCCAUUCAGUGCUUUGAAGAUCUCAAACUGAAACGUGAUGGAUUGGGGGCUGUCCAAAAGCAUUGUGUUCUUAUAGGGAAUUCCCCACCUUAUCUUUUACCCGCAAUGGAAGCUCCUUCAUUCUGUGGAAAAACUGUAGAUGAACUAGCCUUACUACUUAAAGAAUAUGGUGUCAACCUUUCUAUUCUUUCACCUAGAAAAAUGCCUUCCCUAUUUAAACUAUAUGAAGAAGCUGGAGGAGAUCUGCAGUUAAGCCAAACCAAAAAUUAUGCCAAAGAUCCCCGGCAUUUAGUGUUACUAAAAGGAUAUAGUCUUCAGGAACGCGCAGUCAGUCCAAGUCCGCCAAAUGCUAGUCAGAUGCUCAUUCUCAACCAACCUCACACCCCUUCAGGACAAUCGGGGCAGCAAAGCCAACUGACGCCCCCUCAGUCACAAGCACCAGGCUCAAACCCGGGCUCACUCCAAGGCAUACCGCCAUCACCAGUUGGCAUGGUGAUCCCAUCAAUGUCCAGCCCUCUUCCAAACGUUGGAAGCCCAAUCACAAGCAUUGCAGCCAGUGUCAGCUCUGGAGGGCCUGGAGGCCAGCAGCAGCAAUCGCCCAUCAUGACUGGGGUCAACAUGUUCCGGGGCAACCAACAAACGGCACAGCAACAGCAGCAGGCUCAACAGCAAGCGCAGCAGCAAGCACAACAGCAAGCACAACAGCAAGCACAACAGCAAGCUCAGAAACAAGCUCAGCAACAAGCUCAGCAGCAAGCUCAACAAGCCCAGCAGCAAGCACUGCAACAGCAAGCACAGCAACAAGCACUUCAGCAACAGCAGCAACAACAGCAGCAACAACAAAACACACAGGCUGGUCAACAGAAUGCACAGGGUAUGGUGGGACCAAUGACUGGUCAAAGACCACCGUUUCCACCACAGCCUCCUGGUUAUGGUGCCAUGCCUGGAGGCGCAGGCAUUAACCGACCUCAGUGGCGUUUCCCUGCACAGGCUCGAGCCCAGUUUCAGGGUCAAGGAUUUGCUGGCAAUGGAAAUUCUACUCCACAGCAGAGCUCAGCUCUCAUUGCUCAGCUAACUCAACCACCAACAAGCAUUGGCCCAGGUGUUAAUCAGUCUCAGCUCUCUGCUCAGUUUGCAGCAGGAGCGGGUCAGAUGCGCCUAAAUCAAAUGAUGGCUGCUCAAAGUCAGCUACAAAACCCUGGCCAGGGCACAAUAGGAAUGCAAGGAGCACAAGGAUUAACUCAAACAGUUGGUCCUAGUCCACAGCAGCAACAACAGGCUCAGCAGCAAGCACAGCAGCAGCAACAGCAGCAGCAGGCCCUAGUCCAGAAGCAAUUGCAGCAGCAAGCUCAGAUGGGUCAGCAAGCUCAGCAAGUUCAACAAUCGCAGCAAGGUGGGCAGGGAGAAAGGCACUUUAUUUGGAGUGGUGUCUUAGAAUGGGUCGAAAAGCAAGUUAAAGCACCUGCUCCCAAUCAACCAAAAAUGUCACGACAGGUGGCUUGUCAAGUUUCAAUAGCUGCCAAAGAUCUCCAAGGACUCUCUGCUGAGACCUGGCCGGAGACACUUCUCAUGCAGUUGAUGCCCAAAACAUUGAUUAGUACUAUUGGAGCUCCUUUUCUUAAAAAUUCGAAGUCAGUGUACUUCCAUCCUCAGCCUUGUGACGCUUUAGAUAGUCUAAUACAGUUGCUAUUGACAGGAUAUGUUGGUUGUGUACAUUUUACAAGUGCUAACAAUACUUGUGAAAUCAAAGUCCUCCUGUUGAUCUAUCAAGCUGAAAAAAGAGCAUUUUUUGGAUUCAUUCCAAAUGACCAAACAGGCUUUGUCGACAGAUUACGCAAAUUGAUUCAGCAAACAAAGCAAGGAAGGGGUCAGCUAAAUGCUCAACGAGCCCAGCAAAUGCAGCUACAAGCACAGCAACAGGCUCAACAGCAAGCGCAACAGCAAGCACAACAGCAAGGAAUGAUGAUUUCACAGACAAAUCAAAUGGCUGUGGUUGGUGGCCAGAUCACACAGAAUGUUGUUGCAGCUGGUGGAGUGAAUGGUCCACAAACGCAACCAAUGGGACAGCAAGUCACAAACAAUAUGGCCGGUGUAGGGGCUUCUGGUCCUAUGUCAACUCAAAACCCUCUAGGAAUUCAAGGUGUUGAUGGAAGCAUGGGUUUACGCAUGCCUGGCCCUAGUACUGGAGGACCCAACAUGCAGGUAACUGGGCAAGGAAAUAUGAUGGCUCGAGGUGGUUUAGGUGCUAUGCAGAGAUCUAUGAACCCUCAAAUGCAAGCUCAAGGGCAAAGUAACGAUAUGCAACAACUGAAACAAUUUGAGCUUAUUAACUUCAAGUUUCAGCAGCAGAAAAUGCAAUCAAAUAUGGACAUGAACCAACAAGUUUUUGAUAAUGAUCAAGGAAAGUUAAGAGCUCAGCUACAACUGCAACAAUUGCAGCAAAAACAACAAGCCAUGCAACAACAGCAGCAAUUGCAGCAAAAACAACAAGCCAUGCAACAACAGCAGCAAUUGCAGCAGCUGCAACAGCAACAAAUGCAGCAGCAACAGUCAUUGCAGCAGCCUCAAAUGCCUAACCAACAAAGAAUGGUGCGCCCUAAUAAUAAUCCUGGUUUGCGAACACUUUUGCAGCAGCAUCCUCAAAGACCAUUAGUCAUGAUGCAAGGCGUGAGAAAUCCUAAUCUACAGAAUGCAAACAUGCAGCACCAAUUUGAGGAAUAUGACCAUAGACUAGAUUUCUAAUUUCUGAUGACUGAAUCUGCAUUGCUUCUUUUGAACCAUGUUGAUUCAAAAUGUUACCUAGCACCUAAAUUGACCUUGUGAUGCAUCAAUGAAUUAUGGAACAAACACUGUUAUCUGAAUGUAAAUUUAUAUCUUGUGGAGUGUGGUAACUUACUGUGAUAUAUUUGUAUCCAAAACGUUUUAUGUAGGUUUUAUUGAUGCUACUAUUUUUGAUGUCCAGAUUUGCAGUGCUUUCCUACAACGUCUAUACUCUAAUUUUGUUAACUCUUUCUUUAGGAGCUUGUGAAUUUAUUAAGCAGUUUCAUGAAUACAGUAGUUGGAGGGACCACAUGAACUGGGAAGAUCUGAAGAAUGUGAACUUUUCAUUUGUAAGAUGUUCCUCACGUUUCUUCACCUUGUACCUGAGAAUUCAGAACCACAUUUUGUUUUCAUCGACAGAGGUAUAUAAAAAUUUAUAUGUUGUGAUUUUUGACAACCAGAUAUUUAUUUCUAUGCAAUGUGAUCAAUGAGCUUAGAAACUCAGAAACUUAUCAAUGUUAUUUAUGAGCUUCUAAAUAUAAAGCAAAAGACUAAAACAAGCUUUCAUUUUGAUAACUAUGAUUUACAUACAUUAAGACCUCAGAUAAUACUUCUUUUUCCUUAGAAACGAAGAUUCAUACUUAGAUCCUUCCCAAAGAACACGAAACGCUCACCGUGACGUCAUUUUGAUGUAAAUUUAACGAAUUUUAGUCAAAAUUUCUACAUAAAAAGCAUAAUUUUGACGUCAUUUUUACUUCGUUUGACUGCUUUAUGAGUGUUUCGUGUUCUUUGGGUUGUAAAUGUUGAAUGUCCACUGUUUAUUAUACGUUGUUAAGAUCAGAUUUACGAAUUGUUAUUGACUGUGUUUUUAUUUUGUGCAGUAGAUAUUUCAUAUAAUUUACAAAUGUUAAAGAAUUUUUCUUUUUUCUUUGUUACUGAGACUUGUCACAGAAUAAAUAAAAUCAGAAUAA